CAUAAAUUUGGAAAGUAUUGGAUAUACCGGUUUAUUUCUCAUCUUUUACCUUUUCGAUUGCAAUUGAAGUUGUAAACUUGUGACCAUGUCGAAGUCGUUGAAUGUCGCUUUGUGGUUUGUGUUUAUUUGGCAAAUCGCCACCAGCCAAUUUUGUAAUGAAAAUGAAGUAAGGGACUUUUGCGGCACGGCCUGCGAGGAAACUUGCUGGUUUAGAGCUGAGAACUGUAUAGCGGUUUGUGUCGACGGUUGUUUCUGCAAGGACGGCUACGUGAGACUCAGCUUCGACAAUAACACGUGCGUGGCUCGAUCAGAUUGUCCGCCGAAACCACCGAGACAAUGCAACGAAAACCAGUCAGAACAGUGUCUGAACCCUUAUUGUGUAUAUACCUGCGCAGGAAAGCCCGAUGACUGCAUCGAGAUGCCUUCAACCAUUUGUACGACUGGUUGUUAUUGUAGCGAAGGGUUCGUUAGACAUAACGCAACUGGACCCUGCGUCGCCAUUUCCGAAUGCGACAAUUAAAUUACAACGGGCAUCGAGCUUGGCAUUUCAAUAAAGUCUAAACAUGAA